CUUCUGCGAGCAAAUUCAGAAAAUAAGACACUUAUCAUAGUUUACGACGUCGCUAAAUGUUACUAAUGUGUUUAACAACAUUGGCGUGUCACAAGUUUUUUCAAGUUCAAUUUUGCUGAUCCAUCAGGGCUACGCAGAAGACCGUACAAGAUCAGCCGCACCACGCACGGACUGUUUACAGUUCCCUGGCGCAUCGUUAGGAUUUGUAUACCAGUGGUUACAAGAAAUAUUGAACGAUUCUGGCUUCCACACCAGUGAACACGCGUGCGGUGGAAAUGGAGCAUAGCUAUACGCGGGACUUCCGGCUGCUGGAAAGCAGCCAAACGGCGUCGACCCGCACGCUUAUGGUGCACCGACCACCGCAGUGUCCGUCGUGCCACACGCAUCCUCACGAUGAGCGCAUCGAUCUGGAGGAGUCCUACAAUCCACCGAUUCCCUCAUACAACGAGGAAAGCGCCAGACGGGCAAUGCAGGAAAGUGAAAACAUUGUCGGUGGCGGUCGGAACUCGGUGUCGGAUGAGGAUGACUGGGAAGAAAAAGUCAACAAAUUUGGAUGGUCCGUGCAGCAGUUCAAAUUGUUCGAUCGUGUUGCGCGCCUGCUGGAUAUGGACCGUCUGGCACGGUUGACUAAUACCGAGAAACAACACGAACCCGUACACCGUCGCACGGUGAUCGAUAAGUCGGUCAGCCGGCUCCGGCAAGCGCUGGCGAGUGUGUCUUGGGAAACCCGCCUAACCCAGUGGCUACACAGUUUGCUAAUGGAGAACCUUCCACCGUGCUACCUGGCCAUCUAUAUCGACAUUCUGCAAACACUGCACGCCAAGCUUCCGAUGCUGGUAAACAAAAUGGUAUUCUGCAAUCCGCACAACAUCGGACCGGAUCUGCUCGGGCCCGUCUUGAAGAAACCUUGGGAACCGAUCGUGGCCCACAAGAACCGUAAGCUUCCGGGGCAACCGUACAUUGUGGUGGUGCCAUCGGUACCGCAAUUCUCGCAACCAACUGCCCGGCAGCAGAAGUGGUUCAGUUUGUUCGCCACCAUGGCUUCGGUUAUACCGAUCCAAACGCCACCGAUCAAGGGAAGCAUCGAAAAGCAAACCCUACAGAGUUUGGCGGAAAAUAUGGUGGCCACAACGCGCACGAAAAUACAGCAGGUGCGUACCGGGGCGCCAAAUAGGUCGAUUAUACUCGUCGGCUUCGACGCCGGCGCUGCCCUGGCCAUUCAGAUUGGCCUGGUAGAAACGGUUAGUUGCGUCAUUUGUUUGGGAUUCUCCUACAACACGUACAAUGGAGUGCGUGGCGCUCCGGACGAUCACAUCGUGGACAUCACCUCGCCCGUCAUGUUUGUCAUUGGGCAGAACUCCGCACGAUCAAGCCAGGAGGAAAUUGAAAUGUUAAGAAGUCGCAUGCUCGCCCAAACAUCGUUGGUUGUUGUCGGCUCGGCCGACGAGUGCCUACGGGUGUCCAAGACCAAGCGCAAAAUCGAUGGCGUCACCCAGUCGAUGGUGGAAAAUAUGGUCGCUGAUGAGAUAGCAGAGUUCGCCACGAACUGCUUACUUAGUCCACCGAGGCAGAAGAAAACCGGCCUACCGGAACCAGCUUCGAACGGACCGCUAUCGUCGAGUAAUGUGUUGGUGCCACUGAAUGAUGUAGAGUCGUCGGUGCCACGUAAACGAAAAACCACCACGGAUGUGCGGAAAAGUAGCGUAAAGCAGUCUCGACAAUCGUCCAGUCGGACGGCACCGAAGCCCUUGGAAUCACAGCAGGCACAGGAAGCCUUGGACAUUGCUAUACAGAGCAUUUUGCCGAGCACACCCGAGAAGCAGGUUGUGCCAUCAGUAAAAAAGACUUCCCCGAUUAUUGCAGCCACAUCGGAGGAUCGUGCCGAUCAGACGAUCAAGUAUGAGAUGCACGCUUCCGGUGCACAGAUCGUAUCGGGCCUGGCCAGCACACCGAUUCCAUUGCCUGCACUCAAGCGAGAUACCUCUCAAACGACGGGCAAUGUGAACGUGAAGCUGAUUUCAAAUCAACUGAUUCAGCUGAAACCGAACACGGGAACCACACAAAAGUUCUACUCAGUGAAAUCGACCCAUAAGCCCGUCGUCUCGGUCAUCGGCAACAGUGGAAACGUCGGCUCGGUAUCCGAUAACAUCACCUUCAGUCCACCGAAGUUUACCAUCGUGCGUGGCCCCGAGUCCGAGCAAAGUGUCGAUGAUCAGCAGCAGCACUCAUCCCCAAUUAAGUCUCCCGGUAAUGAUCUGUCCCAGACGAACAUUUUCGACCUACCGAUUGUGUUUGCCGACAACGAAGGUGACAACGAACCACCGGCACCGGUGGCGAGCAUUACCGUGGUUGGAGGAUCCCCCACCACGGCUGGUACUUCCGCCGAACCGCAGGUGACAACGAUACAAGCGCCACGCUUGGUAACUUUACAAGGAGCAAGUGCCGGUACCUCGGCAGUUCUCGGAAAAUCCAACAAGAUCGUGCUGGUAAACAAAGGUAGCCUGAAACCGGUCGACGGAACUGUGACGUUUCCGUACGUGAGUGGGACAAAACUUAAUCUGCCCCUUGGCACAGCAACCAGCACCGGUACGGUUGGCACGAUAGUCUCGAGCGGUAGCAACACCGGGGUAAAGUACACGAAGCUCUUGCUAACGAAACCACUGACGCCCGCCACCGGUACCAUUUCCUCGGGGGUGGUGAAAAAUUUGGGUGAACUUUUUUCCCGCGGUAAGGUUGAAUUCAUCAACAGUUCCGGCGUGAAGCAAACCGGUACCCCGGUCACCAUGCAACAGGGCAAAUAUCAACCCAUUGUCAUUAGUACGACGGGAGGCAAUAAUUUGUCGCAAACUGGAGUCACCGCACAACCGGAAGGCAGCAUCAUAACCACCAGCACUGGUGGCAACAAGAUUGUUAUCAAAACCAGUCCGGCUUCAGUAUCGGCUGGUACUUUGUCCACUUCUUUAGUGGGUCGUAAUUUGACUUUGAAACGGUUUAACAUAGUUUCUACCAGUGCGCCAGUUAAACAGAGCCCAGCAACAAUGGAAGACGGGGGCGAUGAUAAAUGAUUUCAUCCAAAACUAAGAACUUAGACCAUAAACAUUUUUUUUAAUUUCAGAGUGGUAUUUUAAGGCUAUGUACAAACGUUGUAUUAAGCUCUGUUGAAAUAAUAGAUCGUUUUAUGGCAAAGAGCUUUGUUUGCAGCUGUAGCUUUCGUUGAAGAAAAGUGUGAGAAAUGUUUUACUCUUGUAACGGUGAUCCUGAAUACUUGGAGGAAAAAAUUCUAACAGUUUUUAAAAUAAAAGUUCUAGAAGGAUAUGUA